AUGAAAUUCGCUCUUCCUCCGGAAACACUAGGAUGGAGUGACCCCGCCAACAGCACCUAUGAAAUCUUUGCUUCUUUUGAUUACGCCAGUAGUAUACGCGAACACUUCCCAAUGCUCUUACAGCACGAUGACUUUUCUCAUGGUACUGCGAAUGCUCCCGUGAAUGCUAUCGCGGAUGCUUCCGCCAAAGCUGCUGCGAGUGCUUCCGUGAGUGCUUCUGCGAGUGCUUCUGCGAGUGCUUUCAGAGUACUCGUCGAUGCUCACAGAGCUGAAGCAUUCAUCAUACUCACUCAAGGUGAGGCAACCCUCACUUUGCCUCCUUUAGACUGA